CCGCGCCGGCGGUUAGUUUGCUGCCAGCCUUCGUGUGCGGCUGACGUCUGUGUGUUGACGAUUUAAAUAAACUAAACGCGAGUGACUGACCGCGACGCAAAGUGUGCUACUGGUGUAUGAUCAAGUGUUGUGUAGUGUGUGCUGUGGCCUGUUUGUUUUAUAUUUGUGUGUUUAAAGACGAUGACCGCGUGUGUCUGACGCGGGGAUGUAUCCGAGCGCGGGCGCAAUGAAUGCCGCCGCAGCCGCUGCUGCCGUGGCGGCCGCGAGGCAUCCGGGUCCGCCACAGCCUGGCCAGCCUAUCAAGUUCACAGUGGGUGAAUCCUGCGACCGAAUUAAAGAAGAAUUUAAUUUUUUACAAGCACAAUAUCACAAUUUAAAAUUAGAAUGCGAGAAGCUGGCUAGUGAAAAAAUCGAAAUACAGAGGCAUUAUGUUAUGUACUAUGAAAUGUCGUACGGACUCAAUGUGGAAAUGCACAAACAGACGGAGAUCGCAAAAAGACUGAACGCAAUAAUAGCUCAGAUUCUACCAUUCCUGUCGCAAGAGCACCAACAGCAAGUCGCGUCUGCCGUGGAGCGAGCGAAACAGGUCACCAUGACGGAACUCAACGCAAUCAUUGGGCAACAACGGCCAGAUCUGCCACGGUUACUGCAACAGAUGCACGCGGCGCACCUACCCGCGCACGGUGCGCCGCCGCUUCCUCUGCUGGGCCAGGGCGCGUUACCACCUGCGGGUCUGCUCGGCCUCGGCGUGCCGCACCAUCCACUGUCAGUUUUAGCUAAACCACCGGAAAUUCACAGACCUGACGACAAGGGAAACGGUAUCAGUUCAGCGGAAGAAAGACAUAGAAAUUCCAUAUCACCGGGCGAGCGGGAGAAGUACAGAACGCGAAGCCCCGCUGAACCGGAACACAAAAAACUCAAAAAAGAGGAAAAGGAUAUGGGUCAUGAAUUAGUAGUAGACGACGCGAGCGAAGAGCCAACGUCACCACAUAAUGGUGCUCCGUCACCAAGAGAAAAUGGACUGGACAAACUGCAGCCUAAAAAAGAACACCCGCCUCAUAGUCCCAGAUCAGGGACGUCGAGCAAUGCAUCCACACCAUCGGCAAAAAAGUUAGACGAGAAGCCGAGCACGCCGAUAUCUAAGCCCGUAACACCGACAUCAGCAAGCGGGGCCAGUGCAGCGCCACUCAAAGGCGCUGUCAAACCUCCAGCACUGCAGUACCCCUACCUCGGCAACGGCGCCCACGACGCCUACGGCCUAGCGGGAUACUCUGCAAGAGCGGCCCUAGCCUAUGAACCCCUGCGAGCGCCUAUAGGUCCCUCCGCACUCGCGCCCAUACCCGGAGGCAAACCGGCUUACUCGUUCCACGUGUCUGCGGAGGGUCAGAUGCAGCCGGUGCCGUUCCCGCCGGACGCACUAAUGGGGCCGGGCAUCCCGCGACACGCGCGCCAGGUGUCGGCGCUGGCGCACGGCGAGGUGGUCUGCGCGGUGACCGUCUCCUCGCCCACCAAGUACGUCUACACCGGCGGCAAGGGCUGCGUCAAGGUGUGGGACAUCAGCCAGCCCAGCAAGGCGCCCGUCAGCCAGCUCGACUGUCUGCAAAGGGAUAACUACAUUCGUUCAGUGAAGCUGUUGCCGGAUGGGCGUACGCUGAUAGUGGGCGGCGAGGCGUCCAACCUGUCCAUCUGGGACCUCGCCUCGCCCACGCCCAGGAUCAAGGCAGAGCUCACCUCAUCAGCACCAGCGUGCUACGCCCUCGCCAUUAGCCCUGACUCCAAGGUGUGCUUCAGCUGCUGUUCAGAUGGCAACAUAGCGGUGUGGGACUUACACAACCAGACACUGGUGCGUCAAUUCCAAGGACAUACAGACGGCGCAUCUUGCAUCGAUAUAUCCGCUGAUGGCACCAAACUCUGGACCGGCGGACUUGACAACACUGUCAGAUCAUGGGACUUAAGAGAAGGCAGACAACUUCAGCAACACGACUUCAGUUCACAGAUAUUCUCACUUGGCUACUGCCCCACAGGCGAGUGGUUAGCAGUGGGUAUGGAGAACAGCAACGUGGAAGUGCUGCACGCGGUGAAGCCGGACAAGUACCAGUUGCAUUUACACGAGUCGUGUGUGCUCUCAUUGCGCUUCGCCUCAUGCGGCAAAUGGUUCGUGUCCACAGGAAAGGACAAUCUGCUCAACGCCUGGCGCACGCCAUACGGUGCCAGCAUAUUCCAGUCAAAGGAAUCGUCGUCGGUGUUGAGCUGUGACAUAUCGUCUGACGACAAAUACAUAGUGACUGGCUCCGGCGACAAGAAGGCCACCGUGUACGAGGUGAUCUACUAACGCGGGGGCGGGGGCGGGGGCGCGGGGCGUGAA